AUGCACAUCUACAUCGCCGGCGCCACCGGCCGCAACGGCAGCCUCGUCCUCGCCGACGCCCUGGAGCGAGGCCACACCGUCACCGCCCUCGCCCGCAGCCCCUCAUCCUCUUCGCUACCACUUUCGCACCCGCGCCUCACCGUCGUCGCCGGCACCCCCACGUCGCAAUCCGACGUCGAGCGCGCCCUCGCCACCCCGCGCCGCCCCGACGCCGUCAUCACCGCCCUCAACCCGCGCCGCACCUCCGACAGCCCCUUCUCGCCGCUGCGCCCCGGGGGCGAUUCCCCGCCCGACCUCCUCCCCGAAACCGCGCGCAUCCUCCUCGCCGCCAUCGCCCGUGUCUUCCCCUCUUCCUCAGCACGUGCUGCUACCGCCUCGCCACCCCCGAAGCUCGUCGUCAACUCGUCCUUUGGCGUCGGGUCCUCCUGGCGGGCCAUGACUUGGCCCAUGAAGCUCAUCUUUAGCCACGGCGCCAUGAGCGUCACUCUGCGGGGACACAAUGACAUGGACGCGCUGGUUCGAGGUAGCGGCCUGCCUUUUGUGCUGGCUCGCCCAGCGAGGCUGAUCGAAGGCGCGCCGUCGAGCGUCACGGCCCUUCCCGAUGACGGCGCCGGCUGUGGCUGGAACCCCGUCAUCACACGUCACAGUGCGGCAAGGUGGCUCGUCCAAGCAGCAGAAUCCGACACAUGGGAUGGCACAUCGCCUGUCAUUGUCAAUUAG